GUUCUCGUAGUCCCUUGUCAUAAGGACAUCGUUGGCUGGCUAUAUCGCCAAGGGUAUCGCUCUCUGCGGAAAGCAGCGCCUCGAUGACGCAAGGACAGCCUUUGACUUGGCAUUCACGUUUACGCAGGGAAACAUGGAUGCUACUGUCUUUCUUUACUUGAUCAAGGCUAUUGCGCUCUUCAAUGCUAAUAGACACGAAGAGGCAAUGCUGCGUGUGGAUCAGCUGGCCGCUGAUCCUUCUGCUGAUCCCAUCGCUUGUGGUAUCGUUGUGGCGAGUCUGCGACUCCAACUAGGAAUCAUUGCCUUCAAUGGCGCGCGUCAUAAUGAGGCGGUUGGGCACUUCAGUGCCGCUGUCGACGCUAGCGCUGUCUUGGCUAGAUCCCUUGUUCCUACUGCCUUGGAGGCUUUCACUGUGCUCUUUGGAUGGGACAUCGCGGCGUUGUGGUCAACCUCCAACAAGAGACUGAUCCGUGCGCUCCUUGGGGCUGGCAGGCUUGGAGAAGCUUUCGAAUCGUACCGUUUCGCGAUGGACGCGAGUGCUGAUAUUACGAAGACCAACUUACGUUCUUGGGCCUUGACUCUCCCGUUGUGAUCAAUGGCGUAGUAUGUCUUCCAUGUGGGCUGUUACAUAUUUAUAUAUCAAAACACGGGCCACUUCUACAGUUCUACUCUUGUGAUUAUGCACGCCUGUUACUUUUAUCGCUACACUAACUUCCUAUAGAAUGCAGACCAA